UUAACCGUAAAAAAACCCCUAAAAACCCUAUCCCAAAGUCUAAACUAACCCCCGAAGAACAAUUCUGGGAAGAAGUGGAUAACUUAGCCCAAGAAAAGAUUUACCGACUCUUAACUAAUAGCCUCCCACUCCAAAACUUAAACCUAAUUACUGAGCCUUGA